AUGGGUUUUAUAGCACCCUUAGUAAUCACAGGGAGAAUAUUGGCCAGGAGCAAUUGCAGUACAGAUGCUGCAUGGGACGAUGACUUACCCGAUACUUACCGACAUGAUUGGGAAAACUGGAGACAAUCUCUGCACAGCCUUAGUCGUUUUAGUGUCCCACGAAUGUUCAUGCCUGGUUCCCUUAGCAAGGUUGAUAAACCUGAGAUACAUAUCUAUUCAGAUGCCUCUGAGAAGGCAAUAGCAGCAGUUGCCUUUGUUAAGGACUCUGAAACUGGAAAAUACGGCUUCAUCUUAGGCAAAACAAAGCUUGCACCUUUACUUGGACACACGAUUCCGCGCCUGGAGUUAUGUGCCGCAGUCCUGGCUACUGAGAUAGGAGACAUCAUUGGACAGAACUUAGAUAUUCCAAUGGAAAAUGUUAAGUAUUUCACAGACAGUAAAGUUGUUUUAGGGUACUUAAACAACAACACCAGACGCUUCUAUACAUAUGUGAGCAACCGAGUAGCGAUCAUUCAUGGGCGCUCACAUCCUGAACAGUGGAGGUACAUCUCAACAUUUCGGAACCCCGCUGAUGUUGGGACUAGGGGCGUCCCCAGCGUUAAGGAAUUGAUAGAAGGUAUUUGGAUUCAGGGACCCCCUCUUAGCGAAAAUGAUGAUGAUCAUCAAUGUGCAAGGCCAGGUAGUUUCCAGCUGUUUGAUCCAGAUAGUGAUUGUGAAGUAAGACCAUGCAUCAAAACUACCAAAACUUCCACAGAGGAAUUAUCAAGACAGAUGUUAUCUAAGUUUGAAAAAUUCUCCAGCUGGCAAAGGUUGAUAAGUGCCAUCACUGUGUUAAAGAGAGCAGGAAGGGCCUUCAAGAAAAAUACAGUGUCUACAAAACAUAGAACACUGCCCAAAGAAAGUCCACUUAUACAUCUGAAUCCAUAUCUAGAUGAUUCUGGGUUGUUGCGAGUGGGUGGACGCCUCAAUCAGAGUGACCUACCAGUGGAGCUGAAAAAUCCAGUUCUGCUUCCAAAGAAGUCUUAUUUGUCAAGGCUUCUGGUCUCACAUUACCAUGAAGAGGUCAAACAUCAGGGAAAAUUGUUUACAGAAGCGACCAUCAGGAGUAAUGGCUACUGGAUUACAGGAGCCAAACGACUGGUUUCCUCAGUUAUCAACCACUGUGUUACAUGCAAACGACUAUGUGGUAAGAUUCAAGAACAGAUAAUGGGCAACUUACCUUUUGAACGCACCUCCACUGGACCACCAUUUUCCAUUGUAGGUGUUGAUACAUUUGGACCAUGGGAAGUUGUAGCCCGCAAGACAAGAGGUGGCCUUGCACAUAGAAAAAGAUGGGCAAUCUUGUUCACCUGCAUGGCCAUACGAGCACUGCAUAUUGAACUCAUAGACGAGAUGAGCAGCUCUGCCCUUAUUAAUGCCUUACGGCGUUUUGUAUGUAUACGAGGGUCAGUGAAGGAGUUCUGUUCAGAUCGCGGAACGAACUUUGUUGGAGCUUUGGAUGCUCUGAGAGUAGAUGGUGUAUAUGUAGAGCAAGGACAAGUACAGGAUUUUCUCCAUAAAUCGGGAACAAUCUGA